AUGCCAUUGAUUGUAGCGGCAAAUGCUGAUUGUAAAAAGUUUAUCGGGCAACCAUGUUGUGUACAAGCAAUGACAAAUUACUGGUUUAAUAAAAUACAUCCAUCUCAAGAAAAAAAACGUUAUCGGUUAAUCUUAGUAUUAGCCUUUUUAACACUUGGUCUAACAGCGCCUUUUACCGUACGGUAUCGACCAAGAUCGAAUGAUACUGUUAAUAAACCAAUGUUAAAAGAUAAUGGUAUUAAUUAUUCGGAUCCAUAUGCAAUAGAAAACCCAAAAAUUUUUCAGGGUGAUUUACAUGUUAACAAAUAUUUAUUACGCUUUUAA